AUGAAAAAUCCUCUUGGCCAAGCUCCUUCACGUCGUCUCCUGUGCCCAAGAGAACGAGUUGAAAAAGAUAAAGAUGGCAAGGUGACAACAAUUAGUGGGCAAAUCCAUCACAUAAUCAACAGCUCCUAUAUCAUUUCUGAUGCUGAGGACGAAAGGUCCAAUCAUCUUCACUCCUUGCUUCUCUGCAACCAAAAAGAAGGUGGAGAGGACAACAUAUUACAUUGUUGGGUUUGUCGGGUAAGGAUAAAAGAUAAUACCUAUUACUUCUGCAGCUAUUGCAAGGAUGACUACCACGAUGAAUGUGUUAGGUCUCCUUCCGUGUUCCAUUGCUCUGAUCAUCCAAAACAUCCUCUUCAACUUCUCUGGUUUCCCGGAAGUCUCCAAGAACAUCAAAGAAAAUGUUGUUCUUGUAUAAGUGCCCGUGGCAAUAUGUUUUACUAUUGCUCUAUAUGCGAUUUUAUGAUCCAUCAUGCAUGUGCGAGAAACCCAACACCGCUUACCAUAGACAAUCCAAAAAGACAUAAGCAUACCCUCCAUUACUUUCCAAGGAAAUCCGGUCUGGUUUGCGAUGUGUGUGCGUUGGUGGAUGAUUCCAGUUACUUAUACAUAUGUCUCCCAUGUGAUUUCGCUGUCCACAAACGCUGUGUCCACUUACCAUACGUCAUAAAGGUAUCUCGUCACGGCCAUCGUCUCACUUUUACUCCUAAACUUAUUUUCAAAGAGCUGACCAAGACUGAUUGCGGAGUAUGUCAUGCAAAGAUAAACGAGAAUUAUGGAGCAUACCGUUGCAAGGUGGGAUGCGUUUAUACAGUGCAUUCCAGAUGUGCGAUGCAAAGUGAUGUGUGUGACGGGGUAGAACUUGAAGGGGAGCCUGAAGAAACAUAUGAAAAUAUUAAUACUAAAAUGUUUGAGCUGAUACGGGGUGGGAUUAUGCAACAUUUGACUCAUCCGGGUCAUGAGUUAAGAAUUGAACAAAAAUUCCACGAUGAAAGCAAGCAUUGUCAAGCGUGCAGGCUUACUACUUAUGAUGAGUGUGAUGUGUAUCGGUGUUUGCAAUGUGAGGAUUUCAUUUUACAUAAAUCAUGUGCAUAUAUGCCCCGUAUUAAACAAUUUAUGCUCCAUGUUCAUCCAUUGUUUCUAGAACACAUGUAUACCACAGAUUGGUUCCGAUGUAGGAAAUGUCAUCGUUACUCAUGCGGUUUUGCAUAUGCAUGUGGUCGUCGAGGGUGGUGUCACAGUCACUUUUCUUGGAUUUUAGACACACUUUGUGCUUCUAUAUGUGAGCCGUUUAAUCAUCACUCUCAUCCACAUCCCUUGUUCAUUACCUGUGGUGAAGACGAGAGCAAAAUAUGUUCCAUCUGUCAAUCAGCUGAGCGACAACCUUUAAAUUGUGUGAAAUGCGAUUUUGUUCUGUGCUUUCAUUGUGCCACUCUUCCACAUAAAGCGAGGUAUGCACAUGAUGAGCAUUUGCUCAUUUUUUCCUACGAAGAAGAUGGAAAUUAUGAGUUUUACAUGUGCGAAAUAUGCGAGGAAGAUGUAAAUCCGAAGAAUGGGUUAUAUGCAUGCAGUGAGUGUGAAGUCAGACUCCACAUCGAAUGUUUACUAGGGAAAGAUCCAUAUAUCACGCCUGGAUCAUAUCUGGGUGGAAUCACAAACGUUCUUCCCAACACUUGUUCAACUCGACCUAUAUGCAAAACAUGCAAAAGACGUUGUCUUUACAAAAUAAAGAUUAAAUCGUCUACCAGAGGCGGCCCAUUUUGCUCUGUUGAUUGCUAUGAAAGAUGGUAA